CCAUUUUGAAUUUUGAGUACCGGUACGUGGUAUCCACGAACCAACAGUAUCUUAAAGAUUCAACAGGAACAACGAGGAACAGAACUGUUUCCAACAUUAUUCCGGGAAUGCCGCGACGCAAUCAGCCAUGCGCCUUGGCAACAUGACCACAACUGAAGAAUGAGACGAACAACCAUUUAUUUUGCUCCACCAUGUACGGCUCGACCAUGGCACAACCACAACCACAAGAGCCUGGAGAAAGUACUUCAUUGGGAGCACCCUGCGUCGUUGUCGGCCAAGAUGACAGCAAUCCGCCCACAACUGCUUCCUCUCCGACGAAGAUCUCCAUGUCGUUCGACCAAGCUGAUGAAAGUGCGGUUGCCGUUGGAUCUUCCUUUCCACCACUCUUGCUUCCCCUUGUCCCAGAGAAAAGUCCCGUUGCGUGGACUGUCGUAAACAAUAGUUUGGCCAUAUCUGGUUGCGUCUUGAUUGUGGACAUGGUCUACGCCAAGGGCCAACUAGACGAAAGACCCUUUGCGACGGCCUUCUAUCUCAUCUGGGAGUUUCUUACUUGCUUCUUUUGGACAUUGGAGACUUCUCUGUCGGCAACCUAUCAAUACUACUACUUGGAGACGCAGCAACUUGCAUGGUACACCAAAUUGGAAAUUGUCAUUGCCGCCUAUUUUACCGGUACCACCUUUUGGAUGCUCUACCAGUGGAAUGUUAUGAACCAGCCAAUCGAGAAUGAUAAAGUGGGGGAAAUCAUUUUGGAUACUUCCUUUUAUAUCUACUUGGCUGCCAGAAGUUGUACCAGAGCGACAUCAGCAGAAGAGGAACAGCAACAGCAGCAACAAACAGAUGGCAGCCCCGAUUGUGAAUCGGCAUCCUACCUAAUAAUGAGUAACGGCAACCACAACGACAACCCUGGUGGCACUUUUGCAUAAGCUUCCGUGUGGGAUCCAUCUGAUGAAUUUUGGACAGGGAAUUGUUUCAGUGGACGCUUAACAUAGUAUACUAGUUUAUCGGAGCAACAACUUUGUUGGAGACCAUGGAUGAACCUAGCUAGCCACGCAAAAACAAAGCCUGAAAAGAUUCUGUAUCAGUCAUUUACACAGCCGGCAUAGCAUUUUGUGUUGAUUAAAUUUGGUAUGGAUAGGUUUCAAGAACCGGUACCGGUAGCUCCUCCGUGACAAAAUACUGCAACGCGUGUGGUGUAACUUUUUACCUUGGACAGGGGAGUUGUGGAAUUGACCACAAUGUCAUUUGCCGCCGUUUCCUUGAUUCGAUUCAUCACAAAUGCGAGCCAAACUCCUCGGCCCAUUCAAUGCAUCGCCCACAUAGGCACGUGCCAGCAUGGACAAACCCUCGGACUUGCAAUUUUAUCUACCCCAGGCCACACACAGAGAGAAGCUCCUGACCCCAAACCAGGUCGCAGAACUAACUACGCCUUCCCUUGGUCUAUCUUGCCCUACUACUCUUGGUUAUCUACAGGACUCAUUUUCCGUUGGUCCAUCUUAUGGCUGGCUAGAACCACGCACAAGACGCCACUCAUCGAGCAACUAGUUAACUGCUGUCUCCACUCAGCACAGGCAUUGUUAAUAAGCUUCUGGACAAACCCCUCCCGGUACCGGUGCCUGGAGGAUCCUUGACUGACAACCCUAUUCCAGAAGUUCGGCACCGUGCAUGGCCACCUCCCAGGAAAUCUCUCGCUGUCCCACGGAUAAAAACGCGUGUUUGAACAAAGCAUUAAUGGUUAGUACCGGGUAGCCGCCCGUUUGAGAGGUUUGUUGGCG